GGGUAAUGAUUAUACAUAUUUGUACAUUAAUUUUUUUGUGUCGUUGAUUUUAAUUCGUAUUUAGCAUGUCCCGGAUCUAUGCCGUGUCUAUAAUUGGAUAUUAGUUACGUGAUUGCUUAUAUACGCUUACACCUGGGCACAAAACACGUUUUUUUAUGAUUAAUAUGCACUAUGUUUUUGCGUGGCAUGUUAGUGUUUCACCUGUUGCCUGCAUUGUAAAUCUGUAGUAUUAUCCAUUUGGCAAGUGUUUAAUAUUAUAUCGUAGAUGUCGGUAUAUACUCUACAUAACAUCGUCGGAGUACUGAUGUUUAUAUAACACUGCGUCAAUUGUGGCGGUGGAUUUAUAUGCCAUGAUGGCUUCGAGUGGCCCUGGCAAUGUUCCCGAUGUGGUGGAGCCAACCAGCGGCGAUUGCUGUGUACCUAACUCUUCUGACGGUGACGUUCAUAUGGGAGAUGGUGUUCGAGGUGAGCACGACAUCGCCACUAGCGCGGCCGGUGGCGAUGUUGUAGACAGCAACGAUGAACAUACAUCUCGUGUUGUUGAUGACGCCCUGCAGCUGCCGGGCACAUUGGAUAUAAAGGGCUCCUGUGAGAGUGUUAAAAUAUCUUCAUCCUCCGAUGUCUCCAUUAACGAGGGUCGUACUACGAUGGGUAUAUUCAUUGUUAUGGCAUUAUUACAGUGUUUUGUGAAUUACGACAUGGGUGCUUUAACGGUGAUGUUACCAUGGAUACAGGAGCCUUAUCAAUUAUCUACUACGGACCUUGGUACUAUGGGUUCCUUACCCUACAUCGGAUUGAUUUUCAUGACCCCCUUUAUCGGUAUUAUAUUUACAUUGUUUCAAGCUCGUUGGAUCAUUUUACUUGGUCUGAUACUGAACAUCCUCUCGUUAUCCCUAUUUGCGUUAGCUUAUAACAAGGCAAUGUUCUUUAUAGCUCGCUUCCUUAUUGGUGCAACCCAAUCCUUUUUCAUUGUGUAUGCACCAGUUUGGAUUGCGUGCUUCGCUCCUAAGGUGCGGAAGAACUUGUGGAUGGCCCUUAUGCAAGGUUCCAUUGUCGGGGGUUUUAUGUUUGGUUACCUUUGCACAGCUCUCAUAUCCAUUGCUGACAACACUUACUGGCGUACCAGUAUUUUCACCCAGAUGGCUGCUUUGCUGAUCCUGGUUUACGUUUUUAUGCGUAUGCCUAAGGAAUUCAUUAACCUGCCAUGUAGCAAUGAGGCACAUAGUGGUGAAGUUUCUGGUUACUGCGGAACGGUCGUUCCCUUGUCGCCCCAAACGAGUUUGGAAUGCCGUGUACCACUCAAGUCAGCUUCCAGCAACGACAGUUCUCGCUCUGCUGCACGCUAUACUACAAACUGUGUAUUCAACUCGUGUGCCAAAUGCAGUUCGCGCAGCUUUGACAACCAGGAAACUCAGGACUCUAUGCGCGGCCGCGUUGUUUCGUAUGACAUAUCAUCGUUGGGUCCCUCUGAGAACCGUUCUUUACGCGGUCACCACAGUACCAUGUCGCAUAUAAACUACUACACGACACAGAAGAUGGACAUGUUACGUAUUCCCAGCGUUAAGCAGAGUUUGAACUCUCUGGAGUGGAUGCGCACAUAUCACUUUGCCACUACUAAGUUGAGUGACCUUGCUGAGGAACCCGAGGAAAAGAUGGGAUUAUGGCAAAGUUUCUUCACUAUCAUUCGCGAUCCAUAUUUUUGUUUCUCCACGCUUGUUAUUUCUACUAUAUUCUAUAUACUAUCGGGUAUCCAAUUCUGGACUACUAAGAUUGCUGUCAGUGUCUACCGCAUGAGCCACACGUUGAUCUAUACGCUCUUCAUCGCCACUUCAAUUACUGCUCCCUUUGUGGGUGUCAUUGGCGGGUCUUGGAUAAUCGACUUGAUUGGUGUGAAGUACCCCGGCAAGCCUGUGAUAGUCCACUGGGUAAUUCUUUCUUGGACUGUGGUUGCGCUUUUGGCUGGUAUAUCCGCCAUGGUAUGGCGCAACUUCUAUAACCUGGUGGGUUGCAUCUGGCUGAUUCUAUUCUUCGGUGGUGGGAUGUUACCUCCACUGACGCUGAUCACUAUCUCCAACGUCUCCGAGCGUCUGAAGCCCAUGGCAUCCAGUGUAUGUAUGUGCGUGUACCAUAUACUGGGCUAUGUUGCUGGAACGGCGUUACCGGGUGUUGUGAUCGACCUUACUGGUGACGAGUCCACUGCCAUCUAUGCUACCUACCUCCCAGCCAUCCUGGGUACAGUAGGCGCCGCGGCAAACGUCAUUGCCUGCUAUCGUAUAUCGGCAUCGUCUGAAGAGAGCACUAGCGAGGACAAUGCUGUCUAAUAUAAUGUCU